UUGCUGCUUUACAGGUGAAAUAUAUCAGCAAUUGAUCUUCAUCAAUAGCUUCUGUUUCCAAUGGCAUACCUCUCCGAGGAAGGGUUUGAAAAGAAGGAGGAGAUUGCAAGACUGCCAUCAUCACGCAUUCAUCCAGAUAACUCACCACAUGUUCACAAGGUGGGUAUGGCCCCAAGGCAGAAAUUCUUUGAGGAAUUCACAAAUAUGAUGAAGGAAACGUUCUUCUCAGAUGACCCUCUACGCGAUUUCAAGGAUCAAUCUCGAUCAAGAAAGAUCAUCCUCGGCCUCCAAUCUGUUUUCCCAAUUUUACAAUGGGGGAGAGACUACAAUUUGACUAAAUUCAGAGGAGAUCUCAUUGCUGGACUCACCAUUGCAAGCCUUUGUAUUCCUCAGGACAUUGGAUAUUCAAAGCUCGCAAAUCUUGCUCCUCAAUAUGGGCUCUACUCCAGCUUUGUUCCACCACUAAUUUAUGCCGUCAUGGGGAGCUCAAGAGAUAUUGCCAUUGGACCAGUUGCUGUGGUGUCUCUCUUGCUGGGAACUAUGCUCCAGGAUGAGAUUGAUCCCAUUAAAAAUGCGGCUGACUAUCGUAGGCUGGCAUUCACAGCUACUUUUUUUGCUGGAAUCACUCAAGCAGCACUUGGGUUUCUCAGAUUGGGUUUCUUGAUUGACUUCCUAUCUCAUGCUGCAAUUGUUGGGUUUAUGGGAGGGGCUGCCAUUACAAUUGCACUUCAACAGCUUAAAGGUUUUCUUGGCAUAAAGGACUUCACCAAAAAAAGUGAUAUUGUUUCAGUUAUGUACUCAGUAUGGGGCUCAGUACAUCAUGGGUGGAACUGGCAGACAAUACUCAUAGGGGCAUCCUUCUUGGCUUUCCUUCUGUUAGCCAAAUACAUUGGAAAGACGAAUAAGAAAUUUUUCUGGGUACCGGCAAUUGCUCCAUUGAUCUCUGUCGUCGUAUCCACAUUUUGUGUGUAUAUUACCCGUGCAGAUAAGAAGGGUGUCCAAAUUGUGAAAAAUAUAGAAAAAGGUAUCAAUCCAUCAUCGGUGAAUAAAAUAUAUUUCACCGGAAAGUACAUGGGGAUAGGUAUUAAGAUCGGUGUUGUGGCCGGAUUUAUAGCGUUGACGGAAGCUAUAGCAAUUGGGAGAACAUUUGCAUCCAUGAAGGACUAUCAAAUCGAUGGAAACAAAGAAAUGGUGGCACUGGGACUGAUGAAUGUUGUUGGUUCAAUGACUUCUUGCUAUGUGGCUACAGGUUCUUUCUCUCGCUCGGCUGUGAACUACAUGGCCGGCUGCCAAACUGCUGUCUCCAACAUUGUGAUGUCCUGUGUCGUUUUACUAACCUUAGAACUAAUCACACCUCUCUUUAAGUAUACCCCAAACGCCAUUCUUGCUUCUAUAAUUAUCUCUGCUGUGAUUGGCCUCAUUGACAUUGAGGCAGCUUUGCUCAUAUGGAAGAUCGAUAAAUUUGACUUUGUUGCUUGCAUGGGAGCCUUCAUUGGUGUAGUUUUUUUUUCUGUUGAGAUUGGACUCUUAAUUGCAGUCUCCAUAUCCUUUGCUAAAAUACUCCUACAAGUGACAAGGCCACGGACCACAAUACUUGGAAAUAUCCCCAGAACAAAAGUCUACAGGAAUGUCCAACAAUAUCCAGAGGCAACCAAGGUUCCCGGAAUACUGAUUGUGAGAGUCGAUUCAGCAAUAUAUUUUUCCAACUCCAACUAUGUUAGGGAGAGGACCUUGCGGUGGCUAAUAGAUGAGGAGGAACUAUUGAAAGCAAAUGAUCUACCAAGAAUCCAUUUCUUGGUAAUCGAGAUGUCACCUGUUACCGACAUUGACACUAGUGGCAUCCAUGCCUUGGAAGAGUUGUUCAGGAGUCUCCAGAAGAGAGGUGUUCAACUUGUCAUAGCAAAUCCAGGGCCGGUGGUGAUAGACAAGCUUCACGCAUCAAAAUUUACAGAGUUGAUCGGCGAUAACCGUAUCUUCCUCACAGUCGCAGACGCCGUCAUGACAUGCGCUCCAAAGAUGGAUGAAGAAGCUUGAUGAGAAAAUUUUGACCAUUGAUGCCUACUAACCUCGCCUUCACUCUUCUGUUCAGUUUAGCCAAUGCAUCUAGAGCUAGUUCUGCAACCAAGAGCAUUCGUACAGAAUUAAGAGGAGCCAUAAAGUGUUUAUAUGUGAAAUGAGUGCGAA